GAACCUGAGCGAGCAUCAUGUGUAAUCAUGAAGCUCCACUUCCCUAACUCCAGUUUGCCAGCAUAAAUUAAGGUGAUUUGGAAGGGGAAUGUAGCAUCCUACUGAGUUUGGUUAGGGAGAGAGAAGACUUGGUGGAAAGUUGUAAGAUCUGUUGUGUUGUGAGCUAUCGGAGGCGCUUCCGUUGGUUGUUCAUUAAGUGGUCCGUGCCCACGGAUUAUCCAAAGGAACCUGAAGAUCCUACUCACACAGUUAAAGUCAAAAAUCAAGAAAAAACGUAAGUUUGGUGGCUGCGAGUGGCCUGGGCCGAGGACGUGAGGCGGGGGGCGGCGGUCAAUGUUAUUUGAGCGGGGGCCGCGGGCCUCGGCGAUCGCAGAGCAGAGGAUGCAGAAAGCCGCCUACUACGACAACGCGGGGCUCUUCGGGGGCUACACCUACAGCAAGGCCGACGCCUACCCCUACGGGGCGGCCCACCAGCCCUACAGCCAGGCCGGCCUGGACGGCGAGUACCCCGGCUCCGCCUGCUCCGUCCAGGGCUCGGCGCCCGGCCGCGCUCCGGCCCACAAAGGCAACGAGCUGAGCGGGAGCUGCAUGCGGCCGGGCGGGGGCGGCCCCGGGGGCAGUCAACCCCCGGGGAUCGGCGAGCAUCAGCCCCCGGCCCUGCCGCCCUCCUCCCCGCCCAACCCCCCUCCCAGUGUGCCCCCUCCGAAAAAAGCCAAGGGGGGCCCCAACUCCUCGGGCUCGGCCAGCGCCACCCUCAGCAAGCAGAUAUUUCCUUGGAUGAAGGAGUCCCGGCAGAACUCCAAGCAGAAAAGCACCUGCGCCCCCCCAGGGGAGAGCUGCGAGGACAAGAGCCCCCCCGGGCCGGCCUCCAAGAGGGUGCGAACAGCCUACACCAGCGCGCAGCUGGUGGAGCUGGAGAAGGAGUUUCACUUCAACCGCUACCUGUGCCGGCCGCGCCGCGUGGAGAUGGCCAACCUACUGAACCUCACCGAGCGGCAGAUCAAGAUCUGGUUCCAGAACCGCCGGAUGAAGUACAAAAAGGACCAAAAAGCCAAAGGCAUCAUGCACUCCCCCGUCGGACAGUCCCCGGACCGCAGCCCCCCUCUAAGCGGCCCAAACCACGUCGGCUACUCCAGCCAGCUCCCCGGCGUCAACAGCCUCAGCUACGACGCGCCCUCGCCCACCUCCUUCGCCAAGUCCCAGCAGAGCAUGUACGGGCUGGCCGCCUACACGGCGCCGCUGAGCAGCUGCCUGCCGCAGCAGAAGCGCUACGCGGGCGCGGAGUACGACCCCCACCCCAUGCAGAGCGGCGGCGGCGGCUUCGCCAACCCCAGCCUGCAGGGCAGCCCCGUCUACGUGGGGGGCAACUUCGUGGACUCCAUGCCGGCCUCGGGGCCCAUGUUCAACCUGGGGCACCUGCAGCAUCCCUCCUCCGCCAGCGUGGACUACAGCUGCGCCGCCCAGAUCCCCGGCGGCCACCACCACGGACCUUGCGACCCCCACCCUACCUACACGGACCUUUCCUCUCACCACACCUCUCAGGGACGGAUGCAGGAGGCGCCCAAGCUCACGCAUCUGUAGCGGGGCGGCGGCCAGCGGGUCCCGCUCCCCUCUCCAUUACCUCACUUUUCUGACGGGACAGUGUUACUGUGCUCUCGAGUGCCAACAGUAUUAGUGGAUUUGUCUCCCUUAGCAGCUCCCUUCUUUCCUCCGCAGCCCCGAGUAGGUCCGUGAGCAGGAGCCUUUCUCUUAGAGCUGUUUUAAGCAUGACAGUGCAAUAUACUGCCAACCGAGGGACUGAUAAGCUGGUAAUGAUGUACUUGAAGGUAAGUCUUAGAGAUGCUGUAGUGUUAGCAGCGCGUCAUGCUGAGGUGUUUUAGACCAGUCGUGAGCCGUCGGAACUCGCCCGCGCGUAAGCUUAUUUCAGAGAAGUUAAUUUAUGAGUUCUUCCGUAACGUAAGGAUCGCAUUGGACUAAAUGAUAUGUAUUUAUUAUUUUAAGCGAGACAUUUUUUGUAUCACUGAUUAUUUAUCCUCGUCUUAAUGUAUUUAUGUGGGUAUUUGUAGAGUUUCUUCACCAAUACUUCGGGAGAGGGAUUCAGGUCCGUGGUGACUUACAUUUCACCUAUUUAGUAUAAUCGGUCUGAGCUAGUUGAGAGAGUAGUCUUGAACAGUUGUAACAGUGGCUGGUGUUUGUAGUUUAUGUAAGGAUUAAUUAAGACAGCAAGUCGUAAAUCAUUAAUAGAGUAAAACAAACUGUGGCAUCACACAAAGAGCCGUUACACUUAAAAAAAUAUUGAAAGUAUUUUUAAAGUAUUUAUUUCUAAUCGGCUGGCCCCACUCGAGAGCCUCCGUGGCUUGGCUGGCAGCUGGCUCGGCCGCGUGAAGCCACCUCUAGAUGGAAGAGCAGCCGCUUUGAGGAGGCGAUCUACAAAGAGGGGCUCUUGGCCAUCUUGUUUCAGAUCAAAUCCUGCAUAUAAAAACCUCGGUGAGGUUAACAUUUAUUUAUUGGCUGGGUAUGUAUCGCGCAUAUUAUUUCGGUGGGCUGUUUUCUUUUCUUUUUUUUUUUUUUUUUUUUAAUUUUUUUAAAAUUACACUCUGGCUAUCCAAAAUAGGAAAGAAAUUAGAAGCUUAGAAGGCAAAAAAAUUAGAAACCCUCUGAUAGUGCUAAUUUCAUUAGGGUCUCCAUAGCAAUCUGCGCAGCAGCUGCCACCUCCUUUGUUAUUUUUAUACUGUUGUCUUUAUACUAACCAUAAAUCAAUUUUUAGACAUCUUUGGAAGGCCGAGCUUUUCCUCUUGUGGGUUUUUUUUUUUUUUUCAUAAAUAUAAACUUUGAAAGAAAAUUGACAAUCAGAUACACACAGCCGAAGGGAGACGCUGAGGCGGGGUGCGGGCAGUGGCUGGGCGGUGCCGCCGCGCUCUCCCGGUGCCCGGCAAGGACAGUCCCACCCGGCCUGACCGCGGCAGGGGGGCACCGCCACCUCUUCCUGCCACAAACAGGACAGUCGACACGGGGAAGAAAAAAUUAAAGUAACAAGAAGAUAAAAAAAUAGGAAAAAGAAAGGGAACGAUGCUCUGAACCCUCGUGUUUCCUCCUCUCUAGUUACACGGCUGUAUUGAACUCGCUGGAUUUACAGAGAUACUUCUUUUGUAAACGCUGUGAUUAAAGUCUCUUCCUGACACUACA